CACAUUUGGCUUGGAUCAGCUCCUUUUCCUUUUCCUUUUCCUUUUCCUCUAAGCAAAUUUAUAACCACCGUGACCAGCAUUGCUCAUGAUUUCAAGCGUGUAAUACAAACGCUUAUAGAAACAGGGAGAAGGAAAGAGCAGAACAGAGAGAGGAAUACAUACGCAGCGGGUCAACAGAUGGCUUAGAGUUUAGCUACAAAGUCAUUACCACGUAUACCAGCAUCAACAACAGCCGAAAAUGACGAGCAUGAACAGAAGCGAGAGCGAUCCUCUGGUGAGUCCAGGCAAGCCCUCGACUUACGAAUCACUGCACUCCCAUCUCAAGUCGCCUACUGGCGUUUCCCGCUCUAGACCUCGGACAGUGGUGUCUGUUUUGAGAGAUACAUCAAAACAGAGGUCACAGUCUCCAAUGAGCAUACAGAUACGGCGCCGCGCUUCGACAUCGUCGUGUUCAACAGAGUCGCAAUUCGAGGUUAACUUCUCACAGAAGUUACAGUACUAUCUCCCGUGCUACUCCUGGAUCCCGAGUUACACCUUUUCAAAGUUCAUAGGUGACUUGGUUGCUGGUCUUUCGCUAGCGUCGUUCCAAAUCCCCUUAGCUUUGUCUUAUGCCACUUCUGUUGCUCAUGUGCCAGCGCUAUGUGGACUGUACUCGCUGGCAAUCCCACCUAUCAUCUAUGCAGUGUUUGGCUCUGUGCCACAGAUGAUUGUUGGACCUGAGUCAGCCAUUUCAUUGGUUGUUGGCGAGGCUGUGGGUCCCUUACUCGCCCAUGAUGAAACCCUGGACCCAGUGGACCUCGUCAGUGUCAUGUCGUGUAUUGGUGGAUUCUACCUCCUAGGAGCAGGACUGUGUAGGUUUGGGUUCUUGGACAAUGUGCUUUCAAGAGCUCUACUGAGAGGAUUCAUCAGUGCUGUUGGCCUUGUUAUGAUUAUAAACUCAUUAUUUGACGAGCUAGGGCUAAGAGUUGUUAGCAAAGACAUUCCAAACCACUUUGGCUCACCAUACGAGAAGUUUGGCUAUUUGAUUGGCCAUUUGAAGUACGUUCAUAAACCAACUUCACUCGUCAGCCUGGCUUCAUUUCUCGUUUUAUUUAUUGUCGGCCAUCUCAAAAAGAGGUACAUAGCACAUGGCUACAAAUACUUAGUAUUUAUUCCAGAGAUUUUAAUUGUUGUGGUUAUUUCAACGUUACUGUGCUAUCUCAACGAUUGGAAAUCACUAGGUGUCCAAGUUGUUGGUAGAAUCCCAACAGACAACUUCACCUAUAAUAACCCUCUGACCUCCAAGAUGUUACCCUUAUACCACAGUCUCAUGUCAGGGAGUUUUCUCGCUGCCACAUUGGGAUUCUUUGAAUCAACAACCGCAUCGAAAUCACUGGGUUCGAUCUACGAUUUGCAAAUAUCCUCUAACAGAGAGCUUGUUGCUUUGGGUGCUAUAAACGUAUUUGGAGGUAUAAUCGGUGCUCUUCCUGCAUUUGGUGGGUAUGGAAGAUCACGUAUUAAUGCAUUGAGUGGUGCACAGACCACACUAUCUGGUUUGAUCAUGGGAUGUGUCACUCUACUGACAAUAUUCUGCCUUUUGAAGUUCAUUUGUUUCUUACCAACCUGUGUACUAUCCGUGAUCACUUCUAUUGUCGGUUUGAAGCUAUUAGAUGAAGCACCAAGUGAUAUCAUGUUCCAUUGGAGAGCAAAAGGUUAUAGCGAACUUUUAACCUUUUGUAUCACCGUGUUGGUGAGUAUCUUCUACUCCAUGGAGGCGGGAAUCGCUGUUGGCGUUGGCUAUUCGCUAAUUAGAGUCAUCAGAAACUCUAGUCAUUCCAGAAUCCAAAUCUUGGGUAGAAUUCCAGGCACCAGUACUUUCAUGAAUGCAGAUGAGCCUUUGCCCGAAGAAGAUGGCAAUGUCCUUGAAGAGAUCGAAGGGUGUCUUAUCGUUAAAAUCGCAGAGCCAUUGACAUUUUCAAACACUUCUGACCUGAAGUUGAGGCUCUUAAGACUAGAACGUUAUGGGUCUGCAAAAGUUCACCCUGGUGCACCACGGUUAAGGAACGAGUAUAUGAAUAGCCAUGUGCUAUUUGAUAUGAAUGGAAUGACGUACCUAGACUCAUCAGCUGCUCAGAUCUUUUAUGAAAUCCUCGAUGGGUACAAGAAGAAGGGAAUAAAGUGUUAUUUUAUAAGAGUCCCAACGAAGUACGGCAUACGUGAACGUCUGAGAGAUUCCGGUAUUACUGGGCUCUAUGGCGAAAAGUUUUACAAUCAUAUUGAAGAAGUGUUAAAGCUAAUCGAUACCGAUAGUGAAUAUGUACCGCUCUCUGCAGUCACUUCCGACCCAACUAGAGGAGGAUACGUUGUAUAAAAGGUUUAAAUAUUUCUAUUGGGAUAGCUU